AGUUUGCAGAGAGAGGUUUUGGGUGUAGGGAGCAUAGUUUUGUGUUGGUGGAAGAAGGUCCCAUCCUGAGAAGAAUCCUCUCUCUCCCCUUGGAGGAUGCACAGGGCUAACCAGCAGCUGACAAUAUAAAUUACCUUUAGCUGUGUUACCAUCUAUAAGAGUGGUCAUGGCCCAGCUACAGAUGCUGUGUUUGCUGCUCUGCAUGGUCUUUGGAUCACUCUCAGCACAGAAUGGAGACCCCAAGUCAUGUGCAGAUAAGACCAAUUGUCCGAUCAACGUGUACUUCCUCAUUGACACAUCUGAAAGUAUAAUUCUGCAGACUGCUCCGAUCCAGACCCUUCUGGACCAAAUGAAGCGUUUCAUUCCAGCCUUCCUGGGGAAGUUGGAGAACGUUGCAUACCUAGACCAGGUGUCUCUGAACUGGAAAUAUGGAGGUUUGCACUACUCUGAUGAGGUCCAGGUCUACAGCAAAAUCACAGAAGACAAAAACGAAUACAUCGCCAACCUGCGCAAAGUCCAAUAUAUCGGACGGGGCACCUUUACGGAUUGCGCCAUCUCUAACAUGACCGCACAGAUUCUAGCUCAGACUCAAGGACAGACAAACGCCGUGAACUUUGCGGUGGUGAUCACAGAUGGUCAUGUGACAGGAAAUCCUUGCGGAGGGGUGAAGAACCAGGUGGAGAGGGCACAAGGUGCUGGUAUCAAGUUCUUCUCAGUGGCUGCAAGUCGUGACGUUUAUGAGUCCGGCCUACGGGAGAUUGCCAACACACCGUACGAGCUGUUCAGAAAUUCAUACUCCGUAACCAAUCCAAAAGACCAGACUGAGCUCAAUCAGGAGACCAUUGAUAAAAUUAUUCAAGUUAUGAAACAUGAGGCUUACGGAGAGUGUUAUAAACUGAGCUGUCUCGAGAUUCCAGGACCUUCUGGUCUUCCUGGGCAGAAAGGACAGAAGGGAGCCAAAGGAAAUGCAGGUGAACCAGGAGCCACUGGUCUUAAAGGACGACAGGGAGACCCUGGAAUUGAAGGACCUAUUGGAUAUCCUGGAGCUAAGGGUGUUAUAGGGCUCAAGGGUGAAAAGGGAGAUUACGGUACAGAUGGAAGGAAGGGACUAGCUGGGCUCCAUGGAAGAAAUGGUACAGACGGACAGAAGGGCAAAGCUGGUCGGAUUGGCUCCCCUGGCUGUAAAGGAGACCCCGGAGACAAGGGUCCUGAUGGAUACCCAGGAGAUGCAGGAACCCGAGGUGAAAAUGGAGACCCUGGAGUAAAGGGUGAUCCCGGCCGACCUGGGCGUAGCGGUCUUCCAGGGAAUUUUGGAGAGAAAGGCGAUAAGGGUCCUCAAGGAAAUCUCGGAGCUCCAGGGUCCCCAGGUGUGAAAGGGGGUAAAGGAGGAGCUGGGGUGCCAGGACCGAAGGGAGAGCCAGGUCGUAGAGGAGAUCCUGGUAACAAAGGAAAUGCAGGAACCGAUGGCCCCAAGGGAGAGAAGGGAGAUCCUGGAUCAGAGGGUCCACGAGGUCUCGGCGGGGAAGCUGGUGUGAAAGGAGGAAAGGGUGAUCGCGGGGCACCUGGGCCGAGGGGAGCACAAGGAGUUGUUGGCGUAGCCGGCAGGAAUGGUUCACGCGGCGACCCAGGUGACAUGGGUGAAAGAGGUAAUCCAGGCCAAGUAGGACCUAAGGGAGACAGAGGAAGACCAGGCAUCAGUUACCCAGGACCACGGGGCUCUUCAGGUGAUAAGGGCGACAAGGGACCCCCAGGACCACUGGGAGGCCGAGGUGACUUUGGACUUAAAGGAGCACCUGGACCCAAAGGCGGGAAAGGAGAGCCUGGCGACCCAGGACUUCCAGGAGAGCCAGGCACACGAGGACCAUCAGGCGGCCUUGGAUCUCCGGGUGACAUUGGACCUCCAGGUGACCCUGCCUUGACGGAAUGUGAUGUCAUGACAUACGUCCGAGAGACAUGUGGAUGCUGCGACUGUGAGAAGCGCUGUGGUGCUCUGGAUAUCGUGUUUAUAAUUGACAGCUCUGAGAGUAUCGGUUACACCAACUUUUCUCUGGAGAAGAACUUCGUCAUCAACGUCGUGAGCAGACUGGGAUCCAUUGCCAAAGAUCCAAACUCUGAGACAGGUGCCCGAGUUGGCGUUGUCCAGUACAGUCAUGAUGGAACUUUUGAAGCCAUUCAGCUGAAUGACCCCCGCAUUGACUCUCUAUCAAGCUUCAAGGAGGCAGUGAGGCGCCUGGAAUGGAUUGCUGGAGGAACGUGGACACCAUCCGCUUUGAAGUUUGCUUACGACAACCUGAUCAAGGAGACGAGACGCGACAAAGCCAAAGUUUUCGCAGUGGUGAUCACCGAUGGGCGCCACGACCCAAGAGACCCCGAUGAUCGUCUGCAGUCGUUGUGUGGUGGGAAUGUCACAGUGAAUGCUAUUGGUAUUGGUGACAUGUUUAACAAGGAAGAUGACGGCGAGACCCUGACUUCUAUCGCCUGCGACAAUAAGCAGCAAGUCCAGAAGAUGAAACUCUUCUCCGAGCUCGUAGCUGAUGAGUUCAUAGAUAGUAUGGAGGAACAGCUGUGUCCAGACCCUCAGAUUGUGUGUCCGGAUCUGCCCUGUCAAGCAGAGCUUACAGUUGCUCAAUGCACACAGCGACCAGUGGAUCUUGUCUUCCUUCUGGAUAGCUCUGAGCGAAUAGGAAAACAUAACUUCCAACAAGCGGCAGCCUUUGUAGAAACCGUAGCUAGACGACUGACUCUAGCAAGACGGGAUGACGACCCUGCUAAUGUUCGUGUAGCCCUGUUACAGUAUGGUGGAAAAGAUGAACAAGCUGUGGUAUUCCCACUUAGUUUUAAUAUAACACAGAUUUCCCGAGGGCUAGAACGUCUCACUUACUAUGACUCCUCGUCCAGUAUCGGGAAUGCUAUCCUCUAUGCCAUCAACAACAUCCUGAAUGACAAGACUAGAGGUGCAAGAGGGUUUGCAGAGACAUCCUUUGUCUUUAUCACUGAUGGUGUGACUGGUGUUGAUGGGCUGGGGGAGGCUAUCACAGCCAUGAAAAAGAGUAACGUGGUCUCUACUUUGGUGUCUGUGGGAAAGGACCUGGAUAUGCAGGUUCUAAAGCAACUUAGUUUAGGUGAGGGAGCUGCCAUCUUCAAAGAACACGAUUAUGCCAGGCUGACUGAAAGUUCAUAUAUGGACAGGUUUGUGCGUUGGGUGUGCUGAGCACAAUCCGGGUAUUGUCAAGCAAUGAGAAACCACAGAUCUCCCAGCAUAACGCGUUUCACCCUGUGCACAAUGCUCUGCUCUCAACAGUCAAAUGUAUUAUUUUUUUAUUGCAAUACCCAGUGGAAGAUUCACUAUACCCUAUUUGUCUAAAUCGGUUUAUUGAUUCAGACCGUAUUAAUGUAGUAGCAAAAUAAUUAGUUUGUCAGCCUUGUGUAUGGGGUAAAGUCGGGCAGUGCUGGAAGAUCUGUAAACAAAUCUCUUUAAUUACUAUGUUAUCCUAUGAUGGAGAAUAACCAGAUAUCAUAUACAGUACUAGCAUAGUAAUUGGAGAGCAUUUUGUCAUGUUUCCAUGUAUCAUGAGCUGUGAGUGACAAGGAUACGUUCAAAUAUAAACUGACACACAGAUGCUUAACAACAUAGAAAUACUUUAAUUAAUGAGGUCAUAUUUCACCCAGCUUGGAUGGGGAAAAACACAUGAAUCAUAAACAGACACACAAAAACAUAAGUCAGAGAAGAUACAAAUACAGAUGUGUUCACAUACACUUAUUCUCAAAUCACGCCAAAUAGCCCCGUUUAGAGCGACUAAUCCGAACUGGCUAGUACUCUAUAAGGGAACUAGGACAGAAAAUUGAGGAAAAAGUACCAAAAUUAAGGAAAAGACCCACAUUCUAGGGUAAACAGGCAGAAGAGGACCGAUAGGAGUGACCUGCACCAUGCACCAGUAUUUAUCUGCGACUUUAUACCAAUACCUUUGCAACAACAAAAAAUGAAUCCUAAGUGGGGAAUCCAGUUGCGGGCAAAGGGUGUGACUUUGAACUCCGCUGCAAGAGCACCUCAUCUCGCAAGCUCCCGCAGCCCGUCUCCCCCCAUAUUGCACAAUAUUUUACGCAGUCGUAUGGGGCUAUGAACAACAUAGUGCAAGUCUGAGCUGCCGUAAAAAGUGGGGCUGUUGCCGCACUAACUUGCAGCGGUGAAAACAUUGCCCGCAAUUGGAUAAGCCCAUAAGAAUCUCGUACACUUAAGACACAAAGGUGAGAAAAAUGUAGCAAAAUUGAGGAAAAAGUGAGCAGUACGAUAAUCAUUACACGUGGGUCGCACCAUGCAUUAUGCACCAUAUGGCGCAAAAAGUAUAACUGUAUGAGGACACAUCUGUAUAAAUCUACACUCGCAGUCUAGUGGGUCUGACAAUUUUUUUCCUGGAAUUGGAAUAUUUGGUGUUUUAAUAUUAUAAUUUAGGGAAACAUUUCUGAGUGUGACAUAGAUCAGCUACUGUACAUCGGCACACUCACAGUGUCACACUCAAAUGUGGUCAGUGUCACACUUGUGAAACUCUCACAUGGUGCUAAUAGCAGGUCCUAUAUCAGGGUAUCCUACAUCUUAAACCUGUGGCAGGGGAGGGAAUGGGGCAAGAUUUGGUUACAUAGAAUCGUAUUUUUGUACAUUGGAGAGAGGGGAUCGUGCCCCGCCAAACAGUUUGUUGUCAAAUGAAGCAGUGACCCUGGAAUUAGGGGACUGCUGUUUAUUUGUCCUGGAACAUACUGCUGUAACAACAAUAAAAUGUUCUCCUGUCA